AUGGUGUGUUCUCUGACCAGCGGCAAGGCCUGCGCCGACAGCGGAGACCCGUGCCCGGACCCGCCAUCGCGCUCCACGCCGGAGGGCGGCGGACUCGAGAUCGCCGAGAACAUGUCAUCGUCGCUCAGCGACGCGCAUCGACGCAACAAUAACCACCACCUGGACCAGGGCGACCGCAGCUCGUCCGCGGGUUCCUCGCUGGGCUCGUGCUCGCCGCCGCCCGCCUCGAGCCACUCACCGCCGCCCCCGCGACCGCCCUGGCUCCACGACUUCCACGCGGCGGCCGCGCCCCAUGUUUUGCAGUUUCUCAAUCUAAGCGCCGCCGGGGGUGGCAUGCUCGGUAGCCAGCCGCUGGCAGCGCUGCACUCUAUGGCGGAGAGGAGUCAUCAGCAUCAGCAGCAGCAGCAGCAGCAGCAACAGCAGCAGCAGCAGCAGCAGCAGCAGCAUCAACAGCAGCAGCAGUCGCACCAGCAGCAGCACCAUCCGCCGCAUCAACAGCAACAGGGCGGCAUCCAGUUACCGCGUAUCACGGUGCCGUUAUCCACCAUCACGCAGGGCCAAUCGUCGCCGACCGGCAGCGGCAAGCACAGCCCGGCGACCUCCAUCACCUCCGUCGGCAGCAAUCCCCACGGCAUCGACACGAUACUCUCGAGACCGACGGCGACGGUCCACCCCCAGGCAACGGUACCGCCAUCGCACGCGACCCUACCACCGACCCCGCAUCCCCAGCACAUGGCCGCGCCGCGGUACGCCAUGCACGCCGGCUUCACGGCGUCCUCGGGUAUCAGCCAAUUUCAACAAAGAGCGGAACCACGGCACACUGCUGUCUAUUGGCCGGGCCUUCAGGGACUAGUCAGCGAUCCUCUCGCAUGGCGGGCAAGAUUACACACAUUGUCGCAACAGCUGGGCUGUCAGCAAGCGAUGACGGGCACGGGCGGCGGCGCCGGGGAACACGAGGGCGGCAAGAAGAAGCAUACGAGGCCCACGUUCAGUGGACAGCAGAUCUUCGCUCUGGAGAAGACCUUCGAGCAGACCAAGUACCUAGCCGGCCCGGAGCGCGCCAAAUUGGCGUACGCCCUCGGGAUGUCGGAAUCCCAAGUCAAGGUAUGGUUCCAGAAUCGGCGGACGAAGUGGCGGAAGAAGCACGCGGCGGAGAUGGCGACGGCGAAGCGGCGGCAGGAGGAGGUCGAGGGCGUCGUCGCCGAGGGUGAGGACGGUUGCAGUGAUGCUGAGGCCGACGGCAGCAGCAGCGGCGGACCAAUGAUGCUCGCAAGCGCUGCAAGCGUCAAACCAAACGCAGCAGAAGUAGACGAUUAUGUGUUUUUACGUCGUGAAAUCGCCUCGCCCCGUCGAACACUUCGAUCGACGAUCGAGUUCGUGAUACUUAUUGGAUAUUUACCUGGAAAUCAAACCUAG